AUGUCUGAAUCUGACCAGGAGCAAAGUUCACCUGAGCCACUUUCACCAAGAACCGUUGCUGUACGUGCUGGUUUAAGGAGGAAUUAUAGUUCUUCAAGCGCUGAUUCUAAAAGUUCCGAAUCUGAAGGUUCAAGCACGAUGACAGAGAUUCCGAACAACAACAAUAAUGUUGAAGGAGGUGGUGCGCUUGUUGUCCAACCUCGUGAAGUUUCCAUUCCCAAAGUCACCGAUCAACCUUUGUGCAUCGUCAAUCCUCAACUCACAAUCAAAAUUCAUGGCAUUGAUGAUGAGGAGAUUAAGAUGAGGCUAUUCCCAUUCAGUUUAAAAGAUAAGGCUAAGUCUUGGUUAUACUCUUUGCCUAAUGCUUCAAUUCGUACUUGGGAUGAGCUUUCUAAUAAGUUUUUGCAGAAAUUCUUUCCGGCUCAAAAGACUAACAAGAUUAGAAAGGAAAUCCUUGGUUUCACACAAAAGGAAGGAGAAGCUUUUCAUGAAUGUUGGGAGAGGUACAAGGAGAUGAUAAGUUCUUGCCCACACCACAACAUAGAGAGUUGGAUGCAAAUGCAAUCUUUCUAUGAAGGUUUGCUUGAUUCCGAAAGGAUGAUGGUAGAUGCAACAAGUGGAGAAGGACUGAUGAACAAAACAGCAGAGGAGGCUUUUACUCUCUUUGAAUCCUUGAGUGCUAACUCUCAACAAUGGAGCCACAAUAAAGGAAGAGGAGCUCCUAUGAAAGCUGUGGUCUCUGAGGUAAGUACUAAUAAUGAGAUUGCUGCAAAACUUGAUGUUAUGUGUUCUUUGCUUCAACAGGCAAUGACUGGCCCUUUAGGAAACAAAGUAGAAGUUCAAGAUCAAUCUUUUGCAGAGCACAUGCUAGAACAAGCAAAUGCCCUUCAAGCAAGGAAUCCUAAUAAUGAUCCUUACUCAAACAUGUACAAUCCGGGGUGGAGAAAUCAUCCUAAUUUCAAGUGGAGCAAUAACUCAAAUGUGCAACAAUCUCAAGGACCUCCCCCAAGAUUUCAAAUACAUCAAAGGCAAUUCGAACAAGCUCCCCAACAAGUGCAAGAGCAAAGGGGUGAUCAAAUGGGAGAAUUGCAAGACAUGUUCAAGAAGUUCAUGGGGCAACAGAUGCAAACCAAUCAGAAUCUUCAAAAUGCAGUGAACAAACUAGAAGUGCAAGUUGGGCAGAUUGCAUCCUUCAUGAGCAAUAGGGCAUCCAGAACAUUUCUAAGCCAAACAGAGCCACCACAUGGGCAGCCUACAGCUUCCAACAAACAGUCUCUCAAUCCUUCUGGAAAGAGCACAAACCAUAAGGUAUCAUCUAAUGCUAAUCAAGUUCCAAUUUCAGCUAAUGCUUUUAGGCCUAUUGCACCUUUUCCCAGCAGGUUAUCAAAGUCAAAGAAAGAUCAAGGCUUGGAUGAGAUAAUGGAAACAUUCAAGAAUGUGCAAAUCAACAUCCCAUUGCUCAAUGCCAUUGCUCAGAUUCCAAAGUAUGCAAAAAUUUUGAAGGAUCUAUACACUAACAAGAGGAGAUUCAAAGAGCAUGAACAAGUUGCAUUGAGUGAAGAGGUAAGUGCAGUGUUACAAAGAAAGCUACCUCUAAAGCUAAAGGAUCCAGGUUCGUUUUCUAUACCUUGCAUAGUUGGUGAUUUUAAGUUUGAAAAAGCUUUGCUUGAUCUUGAUAGAACUAUUAGGUACCCUAAGGGCAUUCUAGAAGACGUUUUGGUAAAAGUGGAAGAGCUAAUUUUACCAGCAGAUUUCUUGGUGUUGGAAAUGGAAGAAGCACUAAUUCAUGACAAUCAGUUAUCACUCAUUCUAGGUCGGCCAUUCAUUGCAACUGACGGUGCUAUUAUUGAUGUGAAGAAGGGUACAUUGACCAUAAACGUGUUUGAUGAGACAAUAGCAUUCAAAGUGUUUGAAGCCUCCAAGUUUCCAAGUGAUGAGCAUGAAGUUUUCCAGCUUGAUGCAAUUGAUACUAUGGUGAAAGAAGCACUGCAAAUGAGUUAUUUGGAGCCCAUUGAAGCAUGCAUCACACAAAGCAUAAGGAAAGAAGAAGUGGACAGCUUAGAGGCUGUGAUCUCUCCUUUACUUUUUGAGCUUGUUUGCAGCAUGGAUAGCUACAUAGAAGUUGGAAAGAGGUAUGCAAACCAAUUUGAAUCAAUACCCCCACCUACUAAUAAGGUUUUACCUUCUAUUGUGCAGGCACCAGAGUUGGAAUUAAAGCAAUUGCCAAAACACCUUAAAUAUGCUUAG